AUGGACAACUCAAACGACCCAGGUUCAAGGUAAGGAUAAGUUACAAUUUGGUCACAAAAAUAGAUUUUUUCUAUCAUACUACUCACUCCAACGUCAAUAAUGACACUAUAAAUUACAGAGGAGCCUCAAAACAACGUCGGGAACUGAUAAAUAUUGAGAUUCAGAAGAUCCGCGACCUGUUACCAUUGAAUUCAUGUGUUAAAGACAGGCUAUUUCAGCUACAAGUCAUGUCGUUAGCUUGUAUUUACAUCAGAAAACACAAAUAUCUACCGUAUAGUAAGGUUUAUACAUUUUUUUUUAUUUUUUGUACUUUAAAAGUUUUUUGAGGCUUAUGACGAAGUGUCACAAAAAAUUAUUGAUUUUUAAAAUUGUGGAUCUUUGUUAAAUUUUGUUAAAAUACGUGUUCUAAAAUUGUGUUUUGUAAAAGUAAUCACUUUUUAAUUUAAGUAAGUUUUAGACGCUUUUGACGAAAUGUCACAAAAUUUAUUGAAAAAAUUGUAACUUUGUGACAUUUCGUUCAAUUUUAUAAAAAGUGAGCAUUUAUAUAGAUAAUAAUGUUCAAAUUACUUUAAAACUAUUUUAUUUUGUCUUUUGAUAAAUUUUGGCAAUUUUGACGAAAUGUCACAAAAAUCAUUGGAAAUUUUUUAUUUUUUGACAUUUCGUUCACACACAUAAAAACUAUUAAAUAAAUUAUAAUUAUAAAAAAUUAAUAGUUUUACUUUUUAAACUUUUUUAGCAUUUUAAUUAAUAUGCUAAAUUACAGUACUUCAAACCUGUGGCAAAGACUACCCGCUACCGUAUUCCACCGCCACGCCUCGUGGCUGUGACAGUUGUCGUGCUUUACGCGGCUUUCUACUCAUGAUAACAAAGGAAGGCAAGCUCCUGUACAUCUCAGACAAUGCCAGUGAAUAUCUCGGUUACUCGGUAGAGGAGAUAAUGUGCCAGGGUGACAGCUUAUACGAUCUUGUCGAUGUCAGAGAUCAUGUUACAGUACAAACUGAGCUAGGAAUUGGCCCAAUCAGUGGAUAUUCGGAAUAUUACCCACAUGAAAGUGUGUUUGUUUGUAGGAUGAAUUUGAGCAAGACUGCUAAACGACAGGUUCAGUAUUACAAGGUAAGGGUUUUGGCGGGAAAAUGGAAAUUUGAAUUUUUUUCAUUUUUUUAAAAGUUAAAAUGCAUGUUUUUAAUUUUAAAAAGUUUUUAAAAUGACUCAGUUCAUUAUAAAAUGUCAUUUUCCAGCAAUUUUGAAUAUUAAAACAGAAUGCCAAUUUUGGCGCCAAAUUUUAAAUUUAAAACUUAGUUAAUUUUUUUUUUUGAAAAUAUGACUUUUUUAGGCUUUUAAAAAACAAAAACUGUGUUAGGAAAGUUAUAAUAUGUCAUUUUAUAGCCAUUCCGAUACUUGCCACGGAAUGCCAAUUUUGGCGCCAAAAAUAAAAUUCGAAGAAUUUUUGUGAAAAAGUCCUUAAAACCUCAAUAUUUUAGUUUGUCUUGGUGCAAGGUCGUUACAUUCAUUCAAUGGAACACUACAAAGCCGUGAACCAUGUGAUGCAGGGCUCAGCCAAGAUCCAGCCAUUGUUCUCGGCUUUUUGUCAGCCGCUGAUUAAUCCGGAAAAUGCUGAAAAUUUGGCUAUGGGCAACCCUAACAUAUUCACCAUGGUAUUGUCGCUGGAGUUAAUUGCUACGGAAAUGAAUUUGAAUGCCAAAGAAAUGUUGGGGUACACGAGUAAUGACUAUAUCAACAUGUACAAUAUUGUACAUCCGGAGGAUUUGGGCACGCUUAAGGAGGCUCAUUGUAAAUGUAAGGGUUUUUUGGGGGUGGGGGAGCUAUAUUUUUAUUUAAUACCUGAAUUUCAAAGUAAAAUUUUUUUAUUUUUAUUAGGAUACAUCGUAUUUUACAUUUGAAAAAAAAUUUGUGUUAUACUUACAGUAAUCCGAGAAAAAGAAGGUGUAGUAGUAUCACUGAUUCGUUUGGAAAAUGCUUCCAAAAGGUUCAUAUGGCUUCAUACUGUAUUCAUGUCGAAAUCGACCGAAACAUCGACCUAUAUCCAAGCCACUUUUCAGGCUGUUGGGUAAGUCACUGGGCUUACACCGGGGUAGAGUAGGGUAGUAAAAGUUAGAAUUAGGGCUGGCACAGAGCUAAUUUAGGGCUACUCGACGGCUUGGGGAGGGCUAAAGUAGGGCCAUGGUACUAUUAGAGCAAAGGUAGGGCUGAGCUACUGUAGGACUAGAGUUAGGUUGGAGCUGGGGUAGAUUAUGGAUAGUCUAAAGCUUGGGUAAGGCAAGAGUAGGACAAGGGUAGGGGUAGUUCUAGUGUAUUUCGUGUGUGGCUAGAGUAAGACUGUGGAUGGAGCUUGUUUAAAGUUAGUGUAGGACUGGAGGGGGGGGAGGAAGGGCUUGGGUAGAGCUAGGGUAGGGUAGGGUAGGGUAGGGUAGAGUAGGGUAGGGUAGGGUAGGGUAGGGUAGGGUAGGGUAGGGUAGGGUAGGGUAGGGUAUGGUAGAGUAGGGUAGGGUAGGGUACUUCUUGCUAUAUCAAUGUAAUUUCUGUGCAAAAAACACUAUAUUAUUGUAGGCAAGCAGAAGGCCAAGCCUUGCAAAACGCUUCUUGGGUGUAUUGUCCGUCUACAUACCAGAGUAUGCGUGACAAGGACGCUGAAUACGAUGUGAGCUCGCCUGAGUCCGUCUCAAGUCAUGACAAAAGCGACGACGUAAGGCUUUUACUACAGUUUUUUUCAUUUACUGUCAAUAUUUUUUUGUUGGUUUGGUGAUUAUAUUGUAGUAUAAGGUCUUGUCUUACAUUGUACAAGGCUUGGCAGCAUUCGGUUAAUAAUAUCUUAAGUUAUCUUCUGUUUAGUAACAUGUACUAUUGAUGUUUUUGACAUUAAGAUACAAUUUAAAUUUAUAUUUUUAGGUGCCAGAAGGUAUAAAGCAUCAAACGCGAGCAAUAGACGUGAAUAACAACAACAAUAUCACCAAGAAGAACCAAAAAAUGGCGUCAGAACUGAAUACCUCCCGACUUCCGCCUCUCAUAUCUGGCCCAGCUGGACUGGCUAGCCAAAAUUUGUUGAUGAAUAACAUAAACCAUCACAACGUGGACCUAUCUGCACUUGGAGUACCACCCGGUACCAUUGGUUCGCCUAAUAUAGCAUCUGGAAAUGUUGGGAUACCAUUUAUGCUUGGGGCAAAUCCUGGUGGUCUGUCACUUUCAAGCAGUGGUUUAGCUGGCCAAAGUGUACCAACUGCACCAAACAUGGUACUAAAUGAUGUGGAAGAGUGUGUGCUACAAAAUGGGUUUAACAGUUUGGCUACUUUACCAUCUAUGCCUGUACCGUGCUCAAUACCGUACGACGGUCCCUUCAGUGAACCCUUGAGUCUCUGCCCCGCCAGUCUUUUUGGAUUACCCCUGCCAGAGCUGGGGGAUGACCUGGACGAAUACUUCAAACAAGUUGAACAAGAAUCGACCAGUCGAAAACGAGACCACAGUCAGAUCACGCCUUCUACAGCAUCAACUUCAUCAUGCUAUGACUAUGAGAUGGAUUACGGUAGUUACCGUAAGAUCAAACGAGAAUCGACCGGUUUUGAUGACUAUGGUCAAGAUACUAUGGCAGAUAGAAAAGAUUACUGUAGCAAUGAUCAACAUCAACUUGACAUGGCAUGUGACGACUUGUUCAAGGAUACGGUAAAGAAUACGGUAUUCGAAGAGGCAUACGGUAAAAAUACGGUAAAGAAUACGAUAUUUGGAGAGAUAAAAGAUGAUGCAAUUGUUAAGAGACGUCAGUCAAUGCCAGACCAUAUGCUACACGGCUUUUACCAGCAAGAUAUGGACAAACAAGCCAUCUUCAAUCACAAUAUUGUACAUAAUGCCUAUGUGGACUACAGUAAUAUCAACUGGAAUGAGUUACCGAGUAAUAAUAAUGACUUUUAUUUUGAAAAGAAGUUGAUAACUUAG